GAUCAGUGCUUUGCCAACACUUGUAACAGACACAACAUUAACGGAUAGUUUUGUUUUUCUUUUUUCUUUGAAAAAUAGUAAUUUGAGCUUAUUUAUAACACAUAAUAUAUUUGAAAAAAAAAAUUACAAUAUUGGAAAAAAACCUGUUUAUGUGCUAUCAAAUUACUUUCAAUUAAAAUACGAAAUAAUCAAAAUCCAAGUAAAUAUCUAUCAACAUGCCUGCCAAUUGGGAAGACAAUGAGGAAAUUCAAUAUUUUCGUGAAUAUCUUCGAAUACCUACUGUUCACCCCAAUCCGGAUUAUAAGCCAUGUGUUGCCUUUUUGAAAAAGCAAGCCGCAGCUUUGGAUAUGCCAGUGCGCCUUUUCUAUCCCGUUAACGAAGAUAAUCCCAUAGUGGUAAUGACAUUGACUGGCACUGAUCCCAGUUUGCCUUGUAUUCUUCUCAACUCCCAUAUGGAUGUGGUACCUGUGUUUGCAGAGAAUUGGAAACAUAAGCCAUUCGGUGCGGAAAUGGAUGAGGAGGGAAAAAUAUAUGCACGUGGAGCACAAGAUAUGAAAUGUGUGGGAAUGCAGUAUUUGGGUGCCUUGAGGGCUCUCAAGAAGAAGGGUGUUCAAUUUCGUAGAACCAUACAUGUGACGUUUGUGGCAGAUGAAGAAAUGGGUGGUGGCAGAGGUAUGAGACCUUUUGUAGAAACUGCCGAUUUCAAGGAACUGAAAAUUGGAUUCUCUUUGGAUGAAGGUUUGGCCUCUCCCACUGAAGAAUUUCCUGUCUUCUAUGCAGAACGUAGUGUAUGGCGUUUGUAUUUCAAUGCCAAUGGUAAUGCAGGUCAUGGCUCACUACUUCACAAAAAUACUGCAGGCGAAAAGAUCACCUACAUACUGCACAAAAUGAUGUCUAUGCGUGAACAACAGGUGAGGCGUUUGGAAAAUAAUCCCGAAUUGACCAUAGGUGAUGUGACCACAAUAAAUUUGACCCAAAUACGUGGAGGUGUCCAAAGUAAUGUGGUACCACCCACAAUGGUUCUGGGAUUUGAUGUGCGUUUGGCCUUGGAUGUGGAUCACAGUGAAUUUGAGGCUCAGCUCCAUAAAUGGUGUGAAGAAGCUGGGGGCGACAUACAUUUGACUUAUGAUCAAAAACAACCCCGUGUGACUCCAACUGCAACUGAUAAUACAAAUCCCUAUUGGGUAGCCUUUAAAGAGGCUACAGAUUCAUUGAGCCUUAAACUCAAACCUCAAAUCUUCACUGGUGGCACUGACAGUCGUUAUAUCCGCCGUGUUGGCAUACCUGCUAUAGGUUUCUCCCCCAUGAAUAAUACCCCCGUUCUGUUGCAUGACCAUGAUGAGUUUAUAGCUGCCGAUAUUUAUUUACGUGGCAUUGAAAUUUAUGAAAAGAUUAUUACAAAUCUUGCCAAUUGCUGAAAUCUCUUAAGUCAUUUUAGACCAAAGAUUGUUUAACCGAAUUUAUUUGUUAUAGUGUUAUUGCCUUUUUGUGAAUUUUUAUUUUUAGAAAAUAGAAAACAUCCUUUUUGCUGCUUAAUGUUGUGAAACUACAAAAAAGUGAAUUUAAGACAUGCAAAUGCAUAUUUGCCCAUGAACAUUCCAUUAA